CAUUCUCACGAGACUGUGAACUUGAGUCAUUUCGCAUAAUUUUGGUGUAUUUAUCGACAAAGACGUCAUCUUUGAAAGAUGUUCUCGAGAAGCUCACAGUUCGACAAGUAUUUAGAGAAAGCAACUAGUCAACUGUUACUGGAGCCAGACUGGGAUUCGGUGUUACAGAUAUGUGAUUCCAUAAGACAAGGCGAUGUAACCCCAAAGAAUGCAAUAGGUGGUAUAAAACGGAAAAUCACAGCAGACAAUCCUCACGUGGCUCUUUUUGCCUUGCAGGUGUUGGAGUCAUGUGUGAAGAACUGUGGAGGUGUAAUCCACCAGGAAAUUGCCACAAAAGAAAUGAUGGAAUUCUUAAAGGAUCAAGUUAAGGCAAGACAAGACCCAGUCAAAGCCAAACUCCUUGAGCUGAUACAGGUGUGGUCACAUGCAUUUCGCAAUGAACCUGUGUACAAGGUUGUCCAGGACACAUUCCACUUGAUGAAGAUGGAAGGGUACACCUUUCCAGCCCUGAAGGAAGCAGAUGCCAUGUUCACUGCAGAAAAAGCCCCAGAAUGGAAGGAAGGUGAUGUGUGCAAUCGUUGCAGGACAAAAUUUGGCACAUUCAACAGACAGCACCACUGUAGGAACUGUGGUGAGGUGUUUUGCUCCAAAUGUUCAUCUAAGAAUUCCAUCAUACCUAAAUUUGGAAUUGAGCGAGAGGUUCGUGUCUGUGAUUCCUGUUUUGACAGCAUCAACAAACCUAGUGCAAAGAAAAGCGAGGGUGGGGAGGAUGAUCUGCCAGCUGAGUACCUAGCGAGUCCCCUGUCCAAACAGUCCCAGGUAGUUCCUCAACAAAAGACUGAACAAGAAAUACAGGAGGAGGAAGAAUUACAGCUGGCCAUCGCCCUGUCUCAGAGUGAACAUGAGAACAAGGAAAAGGAGAGGUCACGUUUGAGGAAGAAUUACGGUCUUUACAGUGGCAGUACUAAUGAGCGACCGGCUUCUCCAGCCUCUGAACCAAAAACCCAAACCACAACUGUGUCGGCACCUAUGAUAGACACGGCGGAUAUGGAUCCCGAACUUGCUCGUUAUUUGAAUCGUAAUUACUGGCAACAGCGAUCAGAGGAGAAUAAAAACCAAGCUCCCACUACCCAGCCCUCGGCCCCAGUGGUUGCUGCAGAACCGAAAAUAUCUGGAGGAAAAAUUCUUGAGUCUUACCAGAAUGGAGAAUCUGAGGAUGACCAAGAGCAGUUCCUACGAGCACUCCAAAGUAGUUUGGAAAUCUUCGUUAACCGCAUGCGUAGCAAUUCUCAGCGUGGUCGUAGUAUUGCGAAUGAUUCGUCGGUGCAGUCAUUAUUCACAGUCAUCAGUAACAUGCAUCCUCAGCUGAUGAAGUACACACAGGAGCAGGAGGAUCUCCGAGCUCACUACGAAUCUCUCCAGGAUAAAUUGGCCCAGCUGCGUGAUGCACGAGAAGCCUUGAAUGCCCUGAGAGAUGAGCAUCGUGAGAAGAAAAGACGUGAGAUGGAGGAAUUAGAGAGACAGAGACAGAUUCAAAUGGCACAGAAACUGGAAAUCAUGAGACAGAAAAAACAUGAGUACCUUGAGAUGCAACGGCAGCUUGCUCUUCAGCGACUACAGGAACAGGAGAGGGAGAUGCAGAUGAGGUUUGAGCAGCAGAAACAUCUCACUCAGAUGAGGCAGUACCAAAAUUAUGGCUACCCACAGGUUCCACAGCAAUAUGGCCAUGUGCCACAGGUGGCAGGAAUGAUGCCUCAAGGACCUGGCAUGAUUCAACAGGGCAUGCCACCACUACAGCAAGGUAUGCCACCAGUUCAAAUGCAGGCAGGAAUUCCCCCCGGAGCGAGUCAGGCAUUCAGUCCUGGGGGAUCAUUAGAUGGGUCCCCAGUACACCAACUACACCAACAGCCACACAAUUAUGCUCCUCAAGGAGGCAUGAUCCCUGCUGGUACCUCAAACAUGGGUGUGGCCCCAGGAAGCAUGGCACAAGGACCAAUGAGUCAAGGGAGUAUGGGUGGGGCACCCACUCAGAUGGUGUCUAGUCAGCAGAUGUACACACAGCCUGGUUCACAGCCAGGCUACAGCCAGGCAGGUGCCCCCUAUCAGGCUAUGGCUUCAACUCUGCCAACAGCCAGUAUGUCAGGAACUUACCAGGAUCCUAGCAUGGCUGGACAAAACUAUCAACAACCACUUCAGUAUAACCCCACUUCCUCCCCUCCUAACAGUCUGCCUUCACAAGGGGGCAUGGUAGUGAAUCCAGGAUACACAGCGCCUCCAACUCAAAAUAUGGAUUACCAGGCAUUUAACAUGCAAGGCAUGGCUAGUGCACUGCCUUCCCAGACCCAACAGCAGAUGUACAACUCACCUCAGCAACCACAGUAUGUUGGUGGGGCCCCUGCUCAUCACCCACAGGGCCAGUACCAGCAGGGGGUUCCCCCUCAACAGAUGGCCCAGGGGGGUCAAGCUGCCCCUUCACAAGCACCCCCACAUGUACAACAAGCAGAGGGGGAGUUGAUCUCCUUUGAUUGAAAUGGAUGACUUUAGAAUGAAUGACUGAAGUUCUUUCUUUCUUUUCUUCAGUAACUCCAAUAACUGGUCCUUUCUAUUUAUACUGUGUAGACAGUAAGUGUUCAUUUAUACAUGUUAAUGUUUUUGUAAUUUUAAUUUAACUAUCAAAGAUUAGCAAUCAGCAUAUCUUGAAGCUUAAUUCAAAUCUUUUGUUGGAAAAUUACUGUGAUAUGUAAAAUAUUUCCCUGAGUAUUUGAGACUUGUUGCACAAGCUGUACACAUGUUUAUUUUUAUUGUCUUGAUGAUAUGAUAGUUAUAUUUAUCUGAUUAAUCCUAUUUAUAACUACACAAAAACAUCUAUUGGAUGAAUAACUACGAUUAUUCAAGAGCUUCAGUGUAAAUAUGUUUUUGCUUCAGUGUAUAUCAGAGCAGUAAGCUGAAUUUUGUAAGAUAUCAACAUAAAAAGCAAACUGUUAGACUGAAAUCUCAACACAUUGAAAUGCCUUGUCUCCUAUUUAUGUUUAAGGUCAGGUAUUGAUAAUGCACUAAUGCAGUCACAGUGAAGGUGUUUGUAUGUGUCUGUGCUGUGUAGCACAUGCUUUGUUAAAGUAAAAAUCUCUGUGCUCUUCAUGAAAAUGAUUUAUCUAAAUUUUCAAAAUAUUUGAUUUGAUAUUUAUGAUUUAGCAAACACAGGACAAAUUAUGACCACCAUUUAUAUUCUGAAAGUUAAAAAUUGUGUCUAGACCUAAUAGAUCUAGAGAUUGAAAAAUAAUUUGUGUGUUCUGUUGAUGGAUGUUCAUGGUAUGCUUUAUCUGUAGAUGUGGAUUUUAGGGAAUAUUGAAAUGCUGGUAUUCCCCAGUGAAACAGGUAGGUAGCUUUGUCCUGUUGGAAGUUUAAUUAUCAGAAAAAAGAAUUGCCCAAAGACAUCUCGAUGUAACAAAACCGAUUUGUUCUUAUUGAUAUCCUUUUUAAUCAAUGUUCUACUGUAUGAGGAAAGAAGUCCUGUUGGACUCAAAGAGAUGUGAAUAUUAAUUGUUAAAUAUUGUUGUAAAGGAUCCACAGACCUUUGCUAGGCAUAGAGAUGUGUCCCUCAUUCCAAAGGACUUGGCACAAAUGUACACAGAACUAAUGAGUUGGGAACUUGUCAAAUCACUGUGGCAUGUUCAGUUAGUUUCUUUAAAUGAAAUGCAAUAUUUGUUUCAUAUUUCAAGUUGACUGUAAGUAUAUGA